ACAGUUCUGUGUGGUCGCAGCACAUAAGCAAAUCCAUUCUUGUACCGUUUCUCGGAAAAGCUUUUCAGUAAAUGCACUCAUGCUACUACAGGAGCUUCUCGCUGCAAUAAGCUACCCGUCUGCCAUCAACAAGUUAAGACCAAGAGAACUAACAGCUGUGCAAAAGGAAGACCAAAGCUUCAAUUAAACAGCCGAACAGACGCAGGAGGAGAAAAAUAAAACUUAUAUUCAGUACUGAUUCAAGAAUUACAGAGCUGUAACAGAAUAUCAAGCCAAUGAAUUCAAAAGGAAUAUCCUAAGGGGGAAAAAAAGCCUGGUGGAUUCAAUUUUACCCUGAUAUCCUAGGAUACCGAAAAAGAGUAAAUUAUUCAAAGGCGACUGAAUGUUCGAGCCUUUUUCAGACGCACUGCUUUGAGUCUACGACUGAAUGCAACCUCCAAUGUGCUCAAAAGAAUGGGCUCACAUUUCAAGUGGCCAUUAGGGGCUCCUAUGCUGGCAGCGCUAUAUGCAAUGAGUGUGGUUUUAAAAAUGCUGCCUGCCUUGGGCAUGGCUUGUCCACCAAAAUGCCGCUGCGAGAAGCUGCUCUUUUACUGUGACUCUCAGGGGUUUCACUCAGUGCCAAACAACACUGACAAGGGCUCUCUAGGUUUGUCACUGAGGCACAAUCACAUUUCUGAACUUGAAAGGGAUCAAUUUGCAAGCUUCAGUCAACUUACUUGGCUCCACUUAGACCAUAAUCAAAUUUCAACAGUUAAAGAAGAUUCUUUUCAAGGACUCUAUAAACUUAAGGAAUUAAUACUAAGUUCCAACAAAAUAUCUUACUUGCCAAACACAACUUUUAGUCAACUGCUUAACCUGCAAAAUUUGGACCUGUCUUUUAAUCAGUUAUCAUCUCUGCAUCCAGAACUGUUCUAUGGCCUUCGGAAGCUGCAAACCUUACAUUUGCGUUCCAAUUCCCUGCGGACCAUUCCCGUUCGCCUUUUCUGGGACUGUCGUAGUCUGGAGUUUCUGGAUUUGAGCACAAAUCGUUUGCGAAGUUUGGCUCGCAAUGGAUUUGCAGGAUUAAUCAAAUUGAGAGAGCUUCACCUAGAGCACAACCAGCUGACAAAGAUUAAUUUUGCUCAUUUCCUACGGCUAAGCAGUCUGCACACGCUCUUCUUACAGUGGAACAAAAUUAGCAACUUGACAUGUGGGAUGGAGUGGACCUGGGGCACCAUAGAAAAGCUUGAUUUGACUGGAAAUGAAAUCAAAGCCAUCGAUUUCACAGUGUUUGAGACCAUGCCUAAUCUUAAAAUACUUCUAAUGGAUAACAACAAGCUACACAGCCUGGAUUCCAAGAUCUUAAGUUCUCUCAGAUCCUUAACUACAGUUGGCCUCUCUGGCAAUCUGUGGGAAUGCAGCCCCAAAAUAUGUGCACUGGCCACAUGGUUGAGUGGCUUCCAAGGUCGGUGGGAGCACUCAAUACUGUGCCACAGCCCAGACCACACCCAGGGAGAGGAUAUUCUAGAUGCAGUUUAUGGAUUUCAGCUUUGCUGGAAUUUAUCAACUACCGUCACUGCCAUGGCUCCAAGUUAUAAAGAUCCAACCACUGAAUACACAAAAAGAGUGAGCUCAUCAAGUUACCAUGUGGGAGACAAAGAAAUCCCAACUACUGCAGGCAUAGCAGCCACUACUGAUGAACACUUUCCCGAACCAGACAAUGCCAUCUUCACUCAGCGAGUGAUUACAGGAACAAUGGCUUUAUUGUUUUCUUUCUUUUUUAUUAUUUUUAUAGUGUUCAUCUCCAGGAAAUGCUGCCCUCCUACUUUAAGAAGAAUCAGGCAGUGCUCAAUGAUUCAGAACCACAGGCAACUCCGAUCCCAGACACGACUCCAUAUGUCAAAUAUGUCAGACCAAGGACCAUAUAAUGAAUAUGAACCCACCCAUGAAGGACCCUUCAUCAUCAUUAAUGGUUACGGACAGUGCAAGUGUCAGCAGCUGCCAUACAAAGAAUGUGAAGUAUAAUACCUACAAGUCAUCCAAAAUUACAUCAGAUAAGUAACCUAUUUUAAAUUGUAGGGGGCUAAAUAUGUAACUCUAAUUUUUACAAAUGGUGACAUUAAGCCUAAUUUUCCAAAACAAGUGGAGACAUAGUUUUUGAAGUGGUGAAGUAUUUUUUAUUUUUAUUUUUCAAAUGGAACCAUAUUUUAAGUGUUAAAAGAAGCAAUGAUUACAUUACUUUGCACUCCUAUUUGGAAAUCUAAAAAUGCUCACUUCAAAAUAAUGUAAGAUGUUUCAUGUUAUGUAAUUAUGCCAUCAUGUGUAAACAUUUAUACUAAAGUCUCCAAUGUGCUACUUUUUUCUACUGAAAAGGGUCUGGAAAGAAAGAAGUGAGCAUGAAAGAAUACAGAUCAUAAUCUGUUCCACUGUGGCUAUCUGAUCCCAUGUAUUACAGCUGGCUCACUAACUAUAAAGGAAGAUUUAAUGAAAGAUUUCAUAUGUGAUUGUAAUUUGAUAUCGACUCAGAUCUAUAAUCAACAGUCACAUCUAAGUGGAAUUUUGUGUCUAAUGAGAAAUGGCCCAUUUAAAAGCCUCUUUGCCCAAGUCUAGCCACAGCCGCUGCCUAGGUUAGUAGGUAUAUGUCAGAGCUCACGUUACAAUUUCAGAACACUUUAUAUCAUUUAAAUGGGCUUGGUUCAGAUGCUUAAACAAAGAAUUCAGCUGAUUAUGAAAUGGUCUCAUUACAGUUAAAUCAAUACUAAAUACUUACAUUGAACCAUUAAGGUCUCUGGUUUUACUUUUACAAAUCUUUUUGUGAAAUGUAGACAAUUACUUAAAAUGGAGUGGUAAAGUGGCAUUUCAAUACGAAUGUACUCAAUCUUACAUUUAAGUGUAAGUGAAAAACCAAGGUUAACUGGGGAGAGGGAGGUGUAACAGGAGGGAAUCCACAAAUGAGUCAAUGCCAUAAUCCCAUGACAUUCUUAAUCUAGCCAGAAGGCUAAUUCACAUAAUGCUGCCAUGACCACUUAUCCCAAGAGAGGGGUUUAAACUCUACACCCUUCCUUUUGUCUGUUUUUCAAUCUCCGAAGAACAUUUUAAAUAACUGGCUAGCAAGAUGUGUUAGAAUUCAAAUUGACUACCAAAAAUCACUUCUUAAAAAUAUUGAGUUUUAUGCUCAAGAACUAAAUCUUCCAAAAAAAAAAAAAGA